AUGGCUGCAGCGGAACGGACCCCCUCCCCCAGUCUGGAGUCACUGCUCUCAUUAUGGCCAAUUGCCUGCGCCUUGAGCCAAAAUCUUCCUGUGGGCGAUCUCAUCGCCCUGGCUCGGCUGAACGUUACCCUGCGAUGUGUGCUUCACGGGUUCGAAACGCCCGACACAACGUCCAUGCCACAGGACUCUCAUUGUAUACGUCCGGAACUGAACAUCGGCCAACAUGCGACACCUUACUGGCAACGCCUCAAAGACCGGUCGCCUUUCGAAUGCUCUUCCCUCAUCCACACAAAAGGUCCCGAACCCAAGCCUUGCCGGUAUUGCUCGAGACCCAUUUGCGACGCUUGCAUUGUCCGUUCCUCUUUCGCCCGAGGCCACGAGAAUACAUUCCAGAACAGGGUCCGGCAUCUCUGCAAAGAUUGCUGGAAUUCGGGAAACCCAAGCAGAACGCAACGCUUCCCGCUUGCUGGCCCUUCGAAGUCGAAGCCAAUGUCGAGGAGAAAGUGGUACGACCCUGAAGGCAGUACGAGAGAUUACUGCGUUUGUACGCUCAAGGACGACGGGUGGCUCUGCAUUGAGUGUAAAGAUGCCCAAAACUGGGAGGCUGUGUCAUCCGCCGAAACCGAGUGCCAUGGUCAAGACUGUAAGCAGCGUCUUGACGCAGACGACAAAGACAAAAGAAGAAUCUGUCUCUGGUGCAACAAAGGCUUGCCCAGGCAAGUCGGAGGCACGACCCGGUACCACUGGAACCAGAAGAUGAUUGAAGCAAGAGCGCGAAACGCUGCGUCGCGCCAGGCAGACUUGGAAGAGUACAACCGGAGACGGCUGAAAUUGAUGAGGAUGUCACGCAGGGAGAUGCGUGGCGAUGAAGCCGUCAAAGACGAUCCAGAUGCAGAUCUCCCACAGUUCGUCAGGCAUCUUGACACCAUCAACUAUCGGAGCUACAUGUCCGAGUCCGCUGCGCCGAGCGGCGACGCAGUCUACGACUCCAAGAGAGGCUACUGGAGGUACACCAGGGAGUUCCUUUUGGAGAUGAGAGGACGUUGUGAACGGGUCCCUCCGCCUACGCAACUCAAUGCUCUCGAGAAUGUCAAAGGCGGCCGCAUGCGAUUCGCCCGGACCAAUGCAGAAAAGGUAGAGGACAUCACAUCAUUGUCACGGGCGCUCCCUCGCUUGUCAGAGGAGCGCAUAACGAAAUGGUGCACAUUGAGAGCGGUUGUCCUUGAACACCUCCUGGUAGAAAAGCGGAGCUAUCAAGACACUCAACAGAGGAUGCGUGACGAGCAUGGAUUUGACGCCAGCGUGGAAGAAUACCACAAGGUGAUGUGUGUCUGGAAUGCCCAGGAUGCAAUCAGGGAGCACCGCAGACAAUCACUCGAUCGAGAAGGCGAAGCAGCCAUCAAACGCAAAGGGCGCUCCUUCGUCAAGCAGGUGUCUGAGCUCAUUAGCGGCGAGACGGUCCUGGUCGCCGAGGAUGGUGGUGACUUGAUGCCCCAGAGCUCGCCUGAGUCAUCAGAAGCAGACCCGGGCGAUUACGAGCUCACAAGUUUGCGAAGAUGGGGCGACACCAACGCCAACCCGCCCAAUGAAUCUACCCCCGAUGAUGAAGUCGAGUCCACCCUGAAAGGGAAGAUGAGGCAAGACAGAGAAUCAUCGCCAGCGCAGGCGCACGCCGACGCAUCAUCAUCAUCACAGGGACACUCCAAUUCAUGCCUCCCCCCUGAGGCAUCAAAUGACGACAAGGAUCAAAAGAACGCCAGCACAGUCACUCUUUCUCUACCGGCUCGGCCCACGCAAGCUGAGCGAGCCGAGGAAGCGCUUCCUGACCCGUCAUUGAACAGUGAGGCUGACUCACUGCAAGAUCCCGAGGAAGCCGCCGAGGACCAACCGCCGCCUUAUACUGCAAACGGGUGGGUGUGGCCUUAG